CGCUAAGACCAAGCGGAACUCUCAUCGCCCGUCCAGCAGUGGGCCCUCACGAGGGUCCUCCUCGCCUCUGUGCGGUGAUUGGGUGGAAGAUGGCGCUGGGCGAAUGAAAAAUCCUAAUGACAGUUUCCAAAUUUGCCUCUUUUUGUACCAUGGUAAGUAAAUGGCAUCUACUACACACAUUUGAGGAUGGCGCGACAACCGUAGUUGUGUUGUUUCCAUCUUGCGUGGCAGGGAAGAUGGUUAAAAUCGUCUACUUUUCCGUUGCUACCCAGUCAGUCUUCCUAGCUACUAGCUUCACUGACACGACAAUCAUGUUUUCGUCUCACGUUCUUUAUAGUUAGCCUAGCUAGCUAUGUUAAUGUCGUAGGUCUACGUUGUUAUAUAUUAGUUGUUUAUGUAUUAUCUUACAUUUUAAUUAACGAAGACAACAAAUCAAAUGCUGUGCUCAUAUCCGCCUACAAUAUGACCUAGUGACCGCACCGCAUAACUCUGCUGCUUCAGCACCUUGUUACCGCGUUUAGCUUGCACAUUCAUUUUGCAGCAAAUCAGUGUGGGUGUCAAGGCAUUUGAACACUGGACACGACAACCACCAUAGUUCAUUGUCAAAUCUAACAAAGUUUAUGGUCCACAAUUGGUAACUACAUUUGAUCACACCUGUACUUUUCCUGGAUGUCAACGAUAAUUUAGGUAGCCAGCAUUUCCAGAUAGCUCGCUGUAGUCAGAUAGGGUGCUACAAUGUUGUGACAUGAUACAGUGAGUUGUCUUCCUGAACACCAAACCACUUUGAGCUGUUUCUGGGACACAGUGGAUGAGGACAUGAUCAGCUGCGCUCAGUAGAUUGCUAGAUAAGUCUGACAUGUUGUUCCAUGUCUUGCAAAGAUAGCUAACUCUUUAUUUUGGCAAACGUCAUUUAUUUGGAUAAUAAAUUGGGUUUUGUUUUGUUUAUUUUUUGUCUUCAUAACCAGCCUCCGGCAAUGUAGGCCUACUCAGGAAAUCCUGGUUGUGGUGCCUUUGCACAGCCUGUUAUGUCAGCCAUGUUCCAUUAUCAAAGAAUGACCCCCUCCUCCCACUGACAGCCGUUGGCAUUGGAUAUAAAAUAGCAUUUAGAACUAUUGAUUGAUACACACUCCCAUAGACCUAUGCUAAAAAAAAAUAUCAGCACUUUGUUUCUGUGUUCCAGGGCGCCAAUGCCUCCGCUCUGGAGAAAGAGAUUGGCUCAGAGCAGUUCCCUGUCAACGAGCACUACUUCGGAUUGGUCAACGUAAGUGAGAGUGCCGUAGUUCACAUGCACAUGUGUGCAUAAUCCGUGUUACAGAUCACAUGUGCCUUCUGCAUAUAGAUGGUUAAAAUCGGUGUGCAUCCAGCUCUCAGCCUCACUUUUGCUUCAUCCAUGCAGUUUGGGAACACCUGCUACUGUAACUCGGUGCUGCAGGCUCUGUAUUUCUGCCGUCCAUUCCGGGAGAAGAUCCUGGCCUACCGCAGCCAACCCCGACGCAAGGAGAACCUGCUGACCUGCCUGGCCGACCUGUUCCACAGCAUCGCCAACCAGAAGAGGAAGGUGGGAGUCAUACCACCCAAGAAGUUCAUCACGCGCCUACGCAAGGAGAAUGGUGAGAGGGAGAUCGUAUGCUUGCAGUUCAGGAAUGGAAGAAGAAGUGGAUGGUUGAAAAUGUUGUGGGUGUGGACAUUUUUACGACAGGAGUAAGAAGGAUGAGGUUGACACACUCCCCUGUUCCCUUCUCUCCAUCUCCCCCUGCAGAGCUGUUUGACAACUACAUGCAACAGGAUGCCCAUGAGUUCCUGAACUACCUGCUCAACACCAUCGCUGACCUGCUGCAGGAGGAGAGGAAGCAGGACAAGACCAACGGCCGCCUGGCCAAUGGCUCGCUCGACUCCCAGAACCACAACAGCAACGCCCCGCCCCCCCUCCACCUGGGUCCAUGAGAUCUUCCAGGGAACCCUCACCAACGAGACCCGCUGCCUCACCUGCGAAACGGUACCUACUGUCUGACUCCCCAUGUCAACUAGUGACGUCCCUGUUGUUGUUGUGAUCAGCAGGAUGCAAUACUUGUCGGUGAUACGCUGUAGAGAGAAGUUCUGUUGGCAGGAAGAUGGACAAAAUGAUAUUUUCGUCUGGCUCUAGUCAUGACAGGAUGCUGUUGUUUUCUCCCUACAGAUCAGCAGCAAAGAUGAAGACUUCCUGGACCUGUCAGUGGAUGUGGAACAGAACACGUCCAUCACACACUGUCUCAGGUAACGUCUACAACACCUGACUACAAUAACACAUUACAUACUGACUGACCUGUGCAUUGAUUCUUGCUCCGUGUGACUCCCAAGUACCAUGACCCCUCCCUCUCCUUCGCUCCCUCCAGGGGGUUUAGUAACACAGAGACUCUCUGCAGUGAGUAUAAGUACUACUGUGAAGAAUGUAGAAGCAAACAGGAGGCACACAAAAGGUCAGUAUUGGCAGUGUUGUGUUUAUUGUAAAAGUGAACAUAAAAGUAUUCUUAUUUGAUAACUGUUUUUAUGGCUACUAUAAGGUGUUUGAGGAUGUGUGUCUGCGUCCACUCUGACUCACUUCCCCCCCAGGAUGCGUGUGAAGAAGCUGCCUAUGAUCCUGGCUCUACACCUGAAGAGGUUUAAGUACAUGGAGCAGCUGCAGCGCUACACCAAGCUGUCCUAUCGCGUUGUCUUCCCUCUGGAGCUCCGCCUCUUCAACACCUCUGGAGAUGCAACCAAUCCUGAGAGACUCUACGACCUGGUCGCUGUCGUGGUGCAUUGUGGAAGGUCAGUAUUGUGUCUACAAGGUUGCCUAAAAGUAUCCAAACUGACCCUAAAGGGUGUGAGUUUGUUCCUGACUGCAUUGUCUUGUUUUCAGUGGCCCAAACCGAGGACACUACAAUCGCCAUUGUGAAGAGUCACGACUUCUGGCUGCUGUUUGAUGACGACAUUGUAGAGGUAAGCUAGUCAGUUGUGUGUGUGUGUGCGCGCGAACAUGCAUGUGUGCGCCCUUGUGUCUUGUGCGACCCCACUGAUCCGUGUUGUCUCUCCUUCCCUCUCUGCAGAAGAUAGACGCCCAGGCCAUAGAGGAGUUCUACGGCCUCACCUCUGAGAUCUCCAAGAACUCGGAGUCAGGCUACAUCCUCUUCUACCAGUCCAGAGACUAACUGUCCCUGGAGAGGACAGUGCCUCCCAGUGGAGCAGAGGAGAAAAGCCCAGUGCCUCAGCAGUAGGAAUAAUGGACCAUACUAGUGUAUACCCUCGGUGGUGUCACACACCUGCACAGGUGUCAUUCAUACCUGUGUAUAUGGAGCUACUGCAGCUCAGCCUACUUCCCCCACCCAGUCAGCCUACUUCCCCCCACCCCGUCAGCCUACUUCCCCCACCC